AUUUUAUUACAUUGGUUGUACUUAGAACAGAUGAUUGUAAUAAAACGCGCUUAGUGACCGGGCUAAAAUGAAACUGUGGGACCCCGAGAGUAAAGGUUUUCACUUAUAAAUAAUGCAGCGACCGCUUCAUAUCAGUUCCAUCGUUAGCCAUGUUCCCGUCCUGUUACUCCAAACCCGCGACAGAAGGCGGGGGGAAAAGGAGCUCCACCACGAAGCUGCUGCUGGGUGUGUUUGUGGUGUACGCGCUCCACAGCGCCUGGAUGCUCUACGGCUUCCUCAGCACCAAACCCUGCGACGGAGGAAGAGGAGAGCUCUGCAUCGUCUCCUACCUGGCUGCUAAACCCAGACUGCAGCUGAGUGUCUUCACCUGCCUCCAACCAGACGACAGCCCCCUCAGCCUAGCUGUAAAACUCGACCCCUUUGACCCCGACUCUACCUUUGAAAAGCAGGUGAACGUGUCUCUUCCUGAGCCAACCCGAGCUAAUGGCUCUUUGUAUGCAGUUGUUUAUGUUCACAAAGCUGGAGUUUCUCCUCUGGAGGACAGAAGAGAGGUCCACCACUCGUCUCGUCUCACCACACACGUCACCCGCCCACGCACACGAGUCCAGGACAAGAACCUGAGACCCGAGAGCGCUGUGUCCCACUGGAGACCACACCUGUCAAUCACAAUGAUGUCAGAGGACUUUAGCUUCAGUAAGGCGGGACUUCCUAGUGACGUGCGUCGCUACAUAAGAGUCUCCCAGGAAGGCGGACGGACGAUUUACCUCCCUAUGCUGCUGAUCGACGAGCUCGGCUUCAGAGUCAGAGAUCUGGUGGAGAUCAACAUCAGCACCGCGCAGCUCCCUCUGACUGUGUCCUACGAAGGAAUCUCUCUGAGAAAGUUCAGGUUUUCCAUCCAUCUACACGACAUUGUGUAUUCUCUGAGGCAGUUUGGCUUCACCGAGGAGAACAUGGACGAGAUCAAAGCGACUCUGAUGGGAUCUGACCUCUACCUGUUGGUGCUGACGGCGCUCACCACAGCCCUACAGCUCAUCUGUGAAUUUCUGGCUCUAAAAAAGGACAUCGGUUUUUGGAGGAAGAAGAAGAGCAUCGCAGGGAUGUCGAGGAAAUCGGUUCUGUGGCGCUGUCUUGGCACUUUGCUGAUUUUCCUCCGUCUGCUGGAGGAAACCAGUCUGCUGGUUCUCCUUCCUGUUGGACUGGGAGCCUGUGUGGAGGUGUGGAAGGUGUUCAAAGUGUUUAAAGUCCAUCUCGGUAAAAGGUUUCGUAUAAACAAGCUGGAUGAGGAGGAGAGGAAGACGGUGGAGUACGAUGCUCAGGUUUCUCUUGCGUCCCAAUUGCUGUCCUACUUGGUGUAUCCUCUGUGCAUCAGUGGAGCCGUUUUCUCGCUGGGAUACUUACGCCAAAAAAAUUAUUACUCCUGGUUGAUCAACACCCUGAUCACCGGAGUGUACGCGUUUGGUUUUCUGUCCAUGGCUCCUCAGCUCUUCAUCAACCACAAGCUGCAGUCAGUGAGUCACCUGCAGGGGUCAGUGUUGAUGUACAGAGGAAUGAACACCCUGAUUUCAGAUCUGUGCUUCUGCGCCUCCUCUUUUGGCUCUCCUGUACCCUUCUCCUCCUCCCACCAGCUCUCCUGCUUCAGAGACGAGCUCCUCUUCUUCCUCUACCUCUUCCAGCGAAGAUGCUACGCUUCUGUUGCUAAAAGACGAGAGUCUGUCACCAGGAAAGCGAAGACCCAAUGAGGAGAUCAGAUCAACCAGAGACAGCACAACUGAUCUCAGCUCGUCAGACAUAGCUAUACGAUCACAGAGCUUUUCUUGAGUUUUAUCAUGAGCUCAGUAUUUUCUGCUGCUGUAAAGGAUCUGUCAUCAUCGCUCAGAGCACCUCAUUUAAAAUGUGUCUAAAGAGAGAAAGGCUUUGGAAAGCAGCUGGUUUGGUUUUAAAGUGUGAUUUAAUAAUCUCUGGUAAAAAUCUUCUCUUGUUUGUUGUUUCAAAGCUUAGAUUUACAUACGUGUAUGAUUUUGUUUUUUUUCCCUGCUGCAUCAAUAAAUCUAAAAGAUUUUUUCUGUUG